AUGGAAAACGAAGUGAAGCAGCGCAAUCAAAGAAAUAGGCGAAGGGAGCGGGCGCAGCGCAUGCAAGCACAGCGAGAGAGCAAAGUUAAGGAUGGGGACAGCGGCGAGGACGAGUCUCCGGCGAGAGAGAAGCCGCCUCGUCCUCCAGCCAGGAGAAAGAAGUCGAAGGAGCCGCUCGGGGAAGAAGAUAUCAUUGAUGGUUUCGCCAUAAUGGCAUUUCGCACCUAUGAAGAUCUUGAGGCUGCUGUAAAAUGCGCUUCUUCACCUCGUACCAACGCGCUGUCCACCAAGCCGCGAAUGCCGCUCGCUGCGCUAGCCAGCGACGCGGCGCGGAACCACCCGCCCAACAAUGUUAACUCGCAUGGCAUUACGCUGCUUCAAGACGCUGGCACGUCGGAUGACAGUGGAAGGGCAUCUGAACGGCUCACGGGCAGCUCAGUGGCGCCACGUGAUCCCGAUUCCUCGCGCGACCGUCUUAGUGACGCCAGUAGCCGCUGUAGUUCCGGAAAGGGCUAUAUCUGUGAUAGUGAAGGCGACGACGACAAGGCGAGCCCAGAAAAUAGUAGAAAUGCUUCACCAAGAUAUGAUGCAUCGAUGGACGAUGCAUCGGAUGCUGGCUCUCUGUUCCGGGUGACGGGCACGGGCGGCGCGGGAAAGAACGAGCUGGUGGCGCGAGGUGGAAGCGGAGCCGCUUUAGCGCUGUCUCGCGCGCCCGUCGGUGGCAGUGCGAGCCCCGCGCCCGCGCCGUUACCGCAGCCGGCGCCGUCCCCCGCGCCCGCAGCGCUGCCGCCGCCCGCUCUACCCCCGCCGCCCUUCCGCGCGGACACACCACACCGGCCCAACGGCGCGCACAUCCCUGCGCUCGACGGCCACGCCGCCACGCAAAUACCCUCGCGACCUGUCGGCGCCGCGGGUCCUGACACCCCCGAGCGGCCCGCCAGCAACAACAAACUGCAGCCGGGCGCCCGCGCUGCCGCCGACAGUCCCACGCCGGCCCCACCGGCGCCUACCGCGCCUUCCCCGCUCUUCCCCUCGCACACAGCCUACCAGGCGCACGCGAACACCGCGCUGCCCGACUACCGGCACACGAACCAUGAGACGCGGACGGAGGCGAGCGACCCGGCCGCUGCGCCGCUGGACCUGCACGCCCAUCACGCGCCGCGGCCGCACGCACCUCCUUCACCCUCCCCGCACCCGCACCCUAGUCUCCCUGGCCGCGUACCGCCGCAAUCACACCCCGUCAUGCCUGGACACGAUGUUCGGAACGCCCCACCCGUCUCGCAACCGCAUCCUUCCAUUCCUACCUCGUAUCCGAACCGCAUCGGCAGCAUGCCCCAAACCGUGCCGCUGUCCGCUCCCUCCUCUAACUCUACCUGUCUUCCGAAUCAAAACGUACCCGGCCGGCCUCACUCUCCGAAUGCCCCGACUUCGCGUCCAUACCCCGUUUCGGCUAUCGGGUCUAGUCAUGUAAACUCCAGUCUAAGUUCCAGUGUUCACAGUCAUUCGAUACCUUAUCAAAGUCAAACUAGUUUACAGAAACAUUCUGUUCAAUCGGUUUACGCGAAUCGACCCUCGCAUCUUUCGACGUUUAGCGUAUCUAAUCAUAUCUCCUCCAAUCACAUACAAUCUUCUACAGCUAACCAACAGACGCCUACGCAUUUCAGCCAUUCAAUCAACAGUCAUUCCAUUAUGAGUCAUCAAAACAAUAUUCCCUUGAGCAAUUCCAAUCCGUUAGCGACUUCCACUCCGAAUCACACCAGCUCACCGCUCUCUCUGGCUACCACCACAGCCAGUUCAGUAUCGAGUUACAUGGGCUUGAAACACCCGGGUCUCAAUUUACCGCCUCACUCAACGUCGCUUGGGCCACCAGUCUCAAUGAUGCAGUCCGUGAAUCACGUGGAUGUUCCAACGACGACUAGUGCGCCAGCAACAGUGGCUUCCUCGAAUAGUAACAAUCAUCCAUUGGCGCCACCGAUUAUUGAUUCAAGGCCAAUGGCAGUAUCGUCAAGUGAACUACCGACGAGAAGCGAAGGCCCAAUCAUCAGCAGUUCACUCGCCUCCAAUGGCUUCCCACCACCGGCUGUUUACUCUGGGAGCUCAUACCCGCCACUCUACGCGCCUUACGCUACCACAUUACAACAUAGUCCCUAUUUACCACCUGCAGCUGCAUCACCUAGAAACACUACCGACACGAGAACAAGUCUGUCAGCGUCUCCGUUGGUGGCGCCGAAGACCCCAAAGGGAGUGCGACCGCACACGCCGGGCUCGCUGGGCGCGGCUGGGGCUCACGCGCCGCUGUCCUACUCACCGCGCGGUCACAGCCCCGGGAGGGAGCGAGAGAGCUAUAGCAGCAACAUCAGCAGUUUGUCACGAAGUACACCAGCGUCGGCGGCGAGUGCGCCAGUAUCAGCGUCAACGCUGACAGCGCCGCUUGCUGCUCCACUCGCCGCUCCUUUAGCAGCACCGCUCGCCGCUCCGCUCGCUGCCCCGCUCGCUGCCCCACUCGCCGCUCCACUCGCUGCACCACUCGCUGCACCAUUACCGACACCGUUGGCAGCUCCACUCACGUCAUCCCUGGGCGGGCUGGGCAGCGGAUUGAGCAGCGGACUGAGCAGUGGACUGAGCAGCGGUCUUGGAGCAGGGCUCACCGCACCAUUGGCUGCGCCCACGCCUACGCCGGCCGCGCCGCCUGCGCACCUCACUCACUCACUCGCGCCCGUGCCCACUGUGCCCAGCAUCAGCUCCAGUGCCAAGCCGCCCGCGCACUGGGGGGUAACCAGGCCAACUGCAGCGGACCGCACAGCUUUUCCACCAGCGCCGCCGUUAUUCGGGGCACCGCUUGCGCCGCCAAAUCCUAAUCCGUUUUCUGCUGAAUCACUUUUUCAGUCCAGUCCAGGAGCGGACCUGCUGCGUCGCGAGUUAGACAACCGGUUUCUGGCGGCGGCGGGUGCAGCUGGUGCGGUAGGCGUGGGCUCGGUGGGCGUGCGGACGGAGCUGCACCACCACCAGCACCAGCACACGCACGUGCACCAGCACCCGCCGCACGCCGCGCACGCGCCGCCCGCGCCGCACGCGCCGCACGCGCCCCACCACCCCCACCAUCCCCACCAACUGCUCGUGCCGCACUCGCCGCUGUACAAAGAUAUGGGGAAAAUGACAUCACUUUACCGGACAGGCCUCGGUCUUGGUUAUCCAUACUCCUCAAGUUUGUUACAUCCUACUGCGCCUUACGUACCUCCAGCACCACUCUCUGCUUAUGCACCUAAGCCCGUAGUGUCGGCCGCAAGUGACUCCGCCACUAAACCACCACCACGUCCCGCUGUCGCGAAAACUGGCAAAUGGAACGCGAUGCACGUUCGCAUCGCGUGGGAGAUCUACAAUCAUCAACAGAAAGAGAAGUCGGGCGGCGGCGGCGGCGGUGCGCUGUCGGGCGGUGACAAGGACAAGCUGCGAGCGUUUCCCGCGCCCGCGCCGCCGCCGCCCACCUACCGCUCGCCCUACGAGCUGCCGCCCGCACCCUACCUGCCGCACCACCCGCACCUAGGUAGCAGCCGACACGGCGCCCGCUCCUCCUUCGCGCCGCUCGCCCUCGCCACUCACAGAGAUUUGGGCGUUUCAGGGGUGUCGCCGUUCGCGCGGUACGGCGCCGGCGCCUAUCCGGGAGCGCCGACCGCGUUCGGCCUCUCGCCGUACGGCCGCGACCUGGCACUGUCCUCGUCGCUGCACGGAGUGCACCACGGGCCGCCGCUGGGCGCGCUGCACGACGCGUGGCGCGGCGUGCGCCCGCCCGUGUCGGCCGCCGCCGAGGUGCGCCGCGAGCACGAGGAGCGGGAGCGCGCGCGCCGCGAGCGCGAGGAGCGCGAGAGGCGAGAGCGCGACGAGCGCGAGCGACGCAAGGCGCGCGAGCGGGAGAUGGAGCGCGCCCGCACGCGCUCACCGCUGCGCAACGGCGUGCCGGAGCCGGGCAAGGACGAGCGCAAGGAGCCCUCGCGCCCGCCGCCCGCGCUUCCCACCUACCCGCCGCCGCCGCCCUGGGACCCAUACCGCUCCUUCGACCCGUUGCAGCACAUGAGAUUCGCGCCGCUCGUGGAGGCCGCCAUCCGCGCCGAGGAAGACCGCGCGAAGAUGCUUAGUGCGUACGCGCACCACCAACAGCUGAAGUCGGGCCCGCUGCUGCACCGCGGGCUGCAUGGCGCGCACGCGGCACACGCGCACGCAGCGCAUGGCGGGCACGCGUCGCACGGCGCGCUGCCGCUGGGCGCGCACGGCCCGCUGGCGCCGCUCGCGCCGCUCGCGCCGCCGCUGGCGCCACUGGCCCCGCUCGACCUGCUCAAGAAGGAGGAGCCGCGAUGA